ACACCUGUUCUAUACUCAAUGUGUCAGAGCACUGUUUUCAUUAUAUGUAUGAAUAAGAUUAAAAGUUGCAGUGUUUGCCCCUAAGCUGAAUGUUUAUACUCUGAUCAGUGUUUAUCUGGCUUUUCUCCUAAGGUGACAUUGUUUGUAAAUGUUGCCAGUGAAUGCGGCUACACAGACGGUCAUUACCUAUCCAUGGUUAAAAUAUCCAGUGAUCCAGCGUUAUCCGAUCAUUUCACAAUACUCGCAUUUCCCUGCAAUCAGUUUGGGAAUCAAGAACCGAAGACAAAUGAUUUGAUUGAAAAAUUUGCUAAAGAUAACUACGCUGUCAAUUUUCCAAUGUUCAGCAAGAUUGAUAUUGUUGGAGACAGUGCUCAUCCCCUGUUCAAGUACUUAUCAGGAGUUUCCAAGAAGGAGCCCACAUGGAACUUCUGGAAAUUCUUAGUUGACCAUAAAGGUCAUGUAAUCAACUCUUAUGGUCCAUGGAUAUCAGUUGAUAGCAUCUACCCAGAAAUCAUUGCAGCUGUCAGAAAAGCCAGAGGUAUUUCCCAUGGUAAUGAACUUUGAAAGAUCCAAUGAAAAAAGGAGUACUGUAAAAUCUGUAUUAGAAGCCGCGGCUUCUAUUAAAAUGGUACAAUGCAACAGAGGGGAU